AUAUUCCUAGAGUUCAAUUAAGGAAAUAACAAUAAAUGAAAUGUAGCCUAGUUGGUUAUUAUGCUAUUUCUUGAUUCAAGUGAUCAAGGUUCGAGCUCUAAUGAUAACAUUUUUAAUAUAUAAACAUGAACUGGGUGCAAUGACAAAAAUAACCUUCCUAGAAUCACUCUCAGGCCACGAAGUUUGAAAUGGAAAAAUUUCAACCCAUGUUUAGCAACCCAAUCCGCUCUGCAGUUUAAGCGUCGCGAAAAAGCUUCCUCCUUGAUGAGAUUUGUCGAUGACAAGGAUGUUUUGCAUAGUUGCCAGUGAUGCGAAACAUGUCCAAGGCCACUUAUGCAUAUGCAAUUGAGUAACGACGCACAAAAAUAUUGCAGUUGUGUAGUUUAGAGUUAGGUUCAUUAGCUUUUCGUAGAAAGGUGACAUGUUGUGAUGUCCUUUUGGGCUUUUAUUGGGCCUGCGACUUGGAUUCAUUUUGGGCUGGGCUUAACGAUAUGAUCCGUUCUGUGAAAUUGUUUUUUGGACCGAAGUGGUAAUUGAAAACAGAAACAAAAAAAGGAGAAAAUAUUUUAACAUAUUUUUCAUCAACCAAUAUCCGAUCAGGAAACUGCCUGCCGCCUGGCUAGAAGUUCUAGCAGUGAACGGUAACCCUAAAGACCUAUAAAUAAAAGACGAUCGGAGACAGCACCACCGAUCGAGAAGAAUCCGUUUUGAGCAAAAAAUACAACACAAUGAGUUCGGGUUCAUCAUGUUUGUCCUGGAAAGACGUGGUCAUCGGACUGCUGUUGGUUUCCGCCGGCAUGAUAUGCCUCACCGGCCUCACCGGCCUUAUAGGUUACGGGAUCAGUCCGAUGGUCACCCCUCCCAACGUCAAGCUCACCUCCGCCGUCGUCUCCGCCAGCAACGCCACCUCCCUUCUCAUUGACGCCGACUGGCUCCUCACCUUCGGCUUGGACACCCCCGGCCGCGACUACGGCGCCCUGGAGGCCUCCCUUCUGUACGACCUCGGCGGAGGCCGGAUGAUGGAGGUCGCGGCUGGUCGGUUGCCGCCGUUCCACGUCGGAUGGGAGUGGUGGCCUUUCAGCAUCCGCCUCCGGCCGGCGGCGGGGGACGGGAGGAGGAGUGCUGCUGUCCAGGUCCUGGGGGACAUGAUUGAGAACACGGGAUCGGUGGAAUUUCAGGUCCGUUUGAACGGUCUGUCUUGGGAGGAGGACUUUAUAUUCAAAUGGAAGAUAUCUGCUGUUGUUGAUUGCCACUCCGUUCGGAUCGAGUUUCUGAACCCGCGGCAAGGUGCUGUCGCCGGAGGAGGGUACAUCACCGGAGUCUUGGCUACACCCACCAAGUGCCAUACCCAUGGUGGGAAAAUUAUAUCUUAAGCGCGCCGCCGGCGUCUAUUUUCGACUCAGCAAAUCAUAUGUAGUUGCGUAGCAUUUUUCGGUUUGUAUUGGCCGGAUAUAAUACGUUUUUUUUUACCCCUUCUGAUUGCUGUAAUCUAUCUUCAUUGCUCAAUUAUAGUUAAAUUUGCAAAGAUGAUUUUAGUUUCACUGUCCUUUUUCCGUAUAAUAUAAGUUGCUCUCUUCCGGUUUAGAGAGACAAAAAAAAAAUAGUUCUAAAACAACCGUAAUAUAUUUAUCUUAGUGGAACUUAAUAAAUUAUUAAAAAAAAUAAAAUGAAAAAUUGUGU